AUGAUGGAUAUCCACAUGAAGCUUCUCGUGGCCUCCCUCAGCUGUGUACUUCUGAUACAAGGAGCAUUCUGUGAACAUACAGAUAACACCGCAGGGGGGACUGGAGCCACAAGCUGGACAUGUGUAUGUGCUGCUCAUCCGCUUGGUGAACCAAACUCCAACAGCAGCCUGUCAUCCAGUUGCGACUCCUCGUGCCAUUGCCUACGAGAUGAAAACGGCGGCACAGGGUCAUGGAACUGCUCGUGCCGCUCCGAUAAGGCCCUUCAGGAAGAAGAAGAUGGUGUGGUGCACAGCACGAGUUGCUUCACUUCCUGUAACUGCACAUCUGGAAAUUCUGAACAAGGGAGGAAGCAUUUCUCUAGCAAAACAGUCAUUGCAACACUCCUGGUAUGUGUGGUUCUCACCACUGUUGCUUUUGUCGGCACCACGGCGUACUACUUCCGCCGCAAGGACGCGCUCUCUCCGCGUUCCAGGAUGCACUCUUUUGACAAGUACGCCAGCUGGAAUAGCAGAUCGAACCUCGUUAGCCACCGAUCUUCUCCCCUUACCCAACUGAAACCCAAACCCGGGCUCAGUGUCAUCAAAGGGUUUUUGUGCAGCUGUCCGCUCGUCUCCCGGAGCGAAGACGGCCCAUUCCCUGGCGUGGUUCUCCGAUUCUCCUACGCGGAGUUGGACCAGGCAACCGGAAAAUUCUCCGACGAACAGCUCAUCGGCGUCGGUGGGACGAGCAAGGUGUAUCGUGGCCAGCUCACUGAUGGCAAAGUCGUCGCCGUGAAGAAGCUUCGGCCCCUCGGCGGUGCGGACGAAGACUAUGAGUUCCUGUCAGAGAUAGAGCUGCUGUCGCGGCUGAACCACUGCCACGUGGUGCCAUUGCUGGGGUACUGCUCGGAGCGGCAGGGGCGGCAGCUGGAGCGUCUGCUGGUGUUCGAGUGCAUGACCAACGGCAACCUGAGGGAGUGCCUGGACGACCUCAACAGGAAGCCCAUGGACUGGGCGACGCGCGUCGGCGUGGCGCUGGGUGCGGCGAGGGGCCUCGAGUACCUCCACGAGGCGGCGGCGCCACGCAUCCUCCACCGCGACAUCAAGUCCACCAACAUCCUGCUCGACGACAGGUUCAGGGCCAGGAUCACGGACCUGGGCAUGGCCAAGUGCCUCAUGAACGAUGGCGUGACCAGCUGCUCCAGCUCGCCGGCGCGCAUGCUGGGCACCUUCGGGUACUUCGCGCCCGAGUACGCCAUCGUCGGCAAGGCGUCGCUCAAGUCGGACGUGUUCAGCUUCGGCGUGGUGGUGCUGGAGCUCAUCACGGGCCGGCAGCCGGUGCACAAGAGGGGCGGCGCCGGCGCCAGCGGCGCGGGCACGGACGAGAGCUUGGUGAUGUGGGCGACGUCGCGUCUGCGGGACAGCAGGCUGGUGGUCGCGGAGCUGCCGGACCCGGCGCUGAAGGGCGCGUUCCCGCCCGAGGAGAUGCAGAUCAUGGCCCACCUGGCCAGGGAGUGCCUGCAGUGGGACCCCGAGGCCAGGCCCACCAUGACCGAAGUCGUCCAGAUCCUCUCCACCAUCGCGCCCCUCGCCGACAAGCGCCGUCGCCACCACCUGCCCGCCGCCGCCGGCGCCUUCGCCCCGGGCAUCCACGCCGAGAGGCCGCGGGAAUGCUCAGUGUGGCAGGACGACGACGACUACGGCCAUCGCCGCGAUCACCUGCACGGAGGGAACGGCAGCAAUGCCAAGGGCGCCGUCUUGUCCGGAGAGGUCAUGGUUAACGUCGGGAUGCCAGUGACGAAGAUGACGACGAUGGGGCGGAGCUGGCGGUCGGCGGAGCAGGAGGAGGUGGACCUGACGGAGCCGCGGCUGGAGACGUUCACGGAGCCGACGACGACAGCCAGCCCCUUCAGGUGA